UACGCCACCACCUUUGCAUUAUCGAUCGUGAUCUCUUGUUCCUUAUCCAAAUGGUCUUUUUUGCAUUCCUCGACUUUAUUUGCUGAUGCGACUUCCACUUUUGCUUCUUCCCAUGAUAUAAAAGGGCCCUUUACUCGUCCUCAUCCUGCUGUAUGGCGAGUCGUAUUUGGAGCCAGUUUGGUGUACUUCUUGUGUCUUGUGGUCACUGUAUUUCUGCGUCUGGACGAGGCUCGUCAGAUAAUUAUUUGGUUCUUUCCGGAGUUGAAGUCAAUGCGUCACUCAGAUAUCCUGGAUAAAGAAUAUGCUGUGAACUGCAGUGAGGUUACUCUGGCUCGAAUUUAUUCGCACAUGGACAUAUUUGCCAUCGCUCACUUUUUCGGUUGGGUGGUAAAAACCGUUUUGCUGCGACAUCGGAUGAUUGCAUGGACAUUAUCCAUCAAUUGGGAAAUUACCGAGAUCGCAUUUUCCCAUAUCCUGCCAAAUUUCAACGAAUGCUGGUGGGAUAGCCUUCUGUUGGAUGUUCUGUUGUGCAAUGGAUUAGGUAUUGAAGUGGGCAUACUUCUUUGUCGUUGGUUGGAAAUGCGCAAUUUCCGGUGGGAUUCUAUUCGAGAUAUUCACGGUGCUCGAGGAAAAUUGAAGCGUGCGGUUCUGCAGUUCACGCCGUUCAGUGGAUGGGGCUCUAGUUUGUUCGUUCUACUGAGUCUGCUCAUCAUCGUAUGGCAGUUGGCCGAGUUGAAUUCUUUCUUUCUAAAACACGUGUUCAUUGUAAAACCCAGCCACUCGUUGACACAGCUGCGUCUGUUGCUGAUCACUCUCAUGUCAGCGCCUGCUAUUCGGUAA